AUGGCUGGAAACAUGUUACUCACAAUGAUCAAAUCUGAGAUAGAGAAGAAUGAAUUCAUUCAGAAGCUGACGCAGACACUUCUUACACUGGACUCAAAGCUCAGUGAAAGCAUCUCUCAGCAGACAGAGUCAGAGAAGAAAUCUGAAAUCAACAAUCAGCUCCAGGAGGUGAAACAAACAUCAGAGAAACUGAAGAAUCAGCUGGAGAACAAAAAUCCAGAGAUCAUCGUAUCUGAGAACGAGAAGGAUGAAAUCUUUCAGACGCUCAUGAAAACAUUUCCUACACUGGAAUCAAAGCUUUCUGGAAACAAGAGUCAAGCCCAGGAAGACAAACAGAAGAUGGAGAGACUGAGAAAUGAGCUCGAUUCCACAAAACAACAGCUCCAGCAGGAAAAACAAGCAGCAGAGAACCUGAAGAAGCAGCUGGGGGAGAAAAAUCGUGAGAUGAUCAAAUCUGAGAUAGAGAAGAAUGAAUUCAUUCAGAAGCUGACGCAGACACUUCUUACACUGGACUCAAAGCUCAGUGAAAGCAUCUCUCAGCAGACAGAGCUGCAGUCAGAGAAGAAAUCUGAAAUCAACAAUCAGCUCCAGGAGGUGAAACAAACAUCAGAGAAACUGAAGAAUCAGCUGGAGAACAAAAAUCCAGAGAUCAUCGUAUCUGAGAACGAGAAGGAUGAAAUCUUUCAGACGCUCAUGAAAACAUUUCCUACACUGGAAUCAAAGCUUUCUGGAAACAUCAGUCAAGCCCAGGAAGAGAAACAGAAGAUGGAGAGACUGAGAAAUGAGCUCGAUUCCACAAAACAACAGCUCCAGCAGGAGAAACAAGCAGCAGAGAACCUGAAGAAGCAGCUGGAGGAGAAAAAUCGUGAGCUUUCUGGAAACAUCAGUCAAGCCCAGGAAGAGAAACAGAAGAUGGAGAGACUGAACACUGAGCUCGAUUCCACAAAACAACAGAAAGGUGACAUCAUUUUGGAAGAGGUCAACGGACAUGGUCACUAUAUCUGUCUGAGAAACACUUCCAGUGAGGAUAAGAUGAUGACAGGUUGGGAGCUAAAACUGAUCAAAGACAGAGAACUCUUCACAUAUAAAUUUCAAGAAAACUUUACACUGAAAGCUGGAGAAGGACUCACUUUACACCGAUUCAGUUCAACCAGGAGACCGUAUCCUGACAACACUCACCUGACGUGGAAGGACAUGAGCAUCUGGAAUAGUGAAGACAAGGUGAAGAUCAGCCUCAUCAGCAACACUGGAGAAGAGCACAGACUACAGUGAUGCUUUUUACAAACAAGAUUACAUCAUGCAAAUUCACUAGAAUGGUUUUUGUUUUUGUUGAAUAAAAGAAUAGAAUGUUAUUAUAUUUUAUAUUUUUCACAAAAUUUUAAAUCAGUUUAACAUUUUUUUCAUUUAAUUAAAAAUAUGUAUUAAACAAGUAAAAUCUUCAAAAAGUUUUCAUUAUUCUUUGAGGUGCAACACAAAAGUAGUUUUAACUGCAAUGACGUGGAUGAAGAUCACGCUUCACUGUGUCUUUUUAAGCUGAAGCUACAUGAGUGAAAACUUCACAUGAAAAAAAAGCUGGAUUGUUAUUUUUUAAAAAUGAACUAUGUAGCACAUCUAAACAUAGCAUCGUUAGCAUAUUAUGAGUUUGCUUCAAUAAUGCAGACGUGCAGUAACUUUGGAGAGAAACUGCUACAUACUGCUGCCUCCAAUGGCCAUAUCAGACUGUCUGUGCCUCCCACUGCACCAAGUCUGUUUUCCACCUUCUCUUCUCCUGGCACCUGGUCAUUGUAGUGGUUUAUUGCUUCAAAGAGUUUUCUCCUUUGUCAAAUUUGAUUUCUGCCUGGAGUACAGAAACAAAGCAG